AUGUCGUUGCAUAGGCUGCUUCGUAUCGCGACUCGCGCCAAUCCGCCCAUCAUACUACACGCAGGCAUUGCAGCAAAACAAGCCCAAUGCCUGAAAGCUGCGCCGUAUUUGUCACAUUUCAGCACUACCACUACUCGAUGUUCAGACAAGGAGGAGACAUUCGAAGAGUUCACUGCUAGAUUUGAAAAGGAAUUUGAAAAGGUGCAAGAUGUCUUCGAUCUCCAGCGUAAUCUCAAUAAUGCAUUCGCCUAUGAUCUAGUGCCAUCACCAACCGUAAUUGUGGCAGCUCUCAGGGCUGCGAGAAGAGUCAAUGAUUUUCCCACUGCUGUUCGAAUUUUUGAAGGUAUUAAAGCUAAAGUUGAAAAUAAACAGCAGUACGAGCAGUAUCUAGAGGAGCUGAAGCCGCUUCGGGAAGAGUUGAGUAUCCCACUUAGAGAGGAUCUUUAUCCAGAAAAGAAAUAG